GUGUAUGAUUUUGACCAAUGUGCUGCUUAGAUAAGAGCAAUCUGGGUGCGUCACAUUUGACAAGUGUAGGAGUACACGGAUUGUGUCAAGUUUACACAGGUAACCUCAGCGACUAUCUGAGAAUGUCUGGGACCAGGUGCAACCCGCUGCUGGUUCUUGGAUUAGUGGGCUCCUUUAUCGGGUUGGCGUUCUUCAUCGUUGGGCUGGCGACCCCAUGUUGGUUGGUCUCCACAGUCAGCGGCGACGAGUCAUCGCGUGGAUUAUUCCAAGGGUGUCCAAAAUCUGGACUUUGUUUUACAUUUCCUGAAUAUUCAAACCGGGAGAUAGUUGUUCAGGCUCUCGUCAUCACCGCUGCUGUUGUGGCUUUCAUCGCCAACAUCGUCGCCUUGGCUUUCUCAAUCCAGUCCUGUAAAACCACACCGACGGACAAAAAGGCAGCCAUUGCUAGUUUGGUGCUAGCAUUUCUCGCAGGACUUCUUGGCUUCUCUGGGUCACUCUUCUACGCUGUCGGUUUUUACAGCAUCGACACCUUCAACAUUCACCUUUACCUGAAGACACAGCUCAGCUACUCGUUCGGUCUGACCCUGACGGCCUCUCUCGUGAUGCCUUUCUCCGCCUGUUUCUUCCUGACCGGUGCCAUCAACAUGGUCAGUGCCAGCCGGGCCCCUCAAGGUCAGGUCGUGUCAUCCGUCCCGGCCCCCAUGUCUGUGUUGUACACGGGGCAGAAUGCGAUGGUAGCCUACCCGUACCAGCCUAACCAGAUGGUAGCCUAUCCAUACCAGCCUAACCAGAUGGGAUCCCAACCUUACCCGACAACCCAAAUGGGAUCCCAACCUUCUCCGACAACCCAGAUGGGAUCCCAACCUUAUCCGACAACCCAGAUGGGAUCCCAACCUUACCCGACAACCCAGAUGGGAUCCCAGCCGGCCCAGACAACCCAGAUGGGAUCCCAACCUUACCCGACAACCCAGAUGGGAUCCCAACCUUACCCGACAACCCAGAUGGGAGCCCAACCUUAUCCGACAACCCAGAUGGGAUCCCAACCUUACCCGACAACCCAGAUGGGAGCCCAACCUUAUCCGACAACCCAGAUGGGAUCCCAACCUUACCCGACAACCCAGAUGGGAUCCCAGCCGGCCCAGACAACCCAGAUGGGAUCCCAACCUUACCCGACAACCCAGAUGGGAUCCCAACCUUACCCGACAACCCAGAUGGGAGCCCAACCGGCCCAUACAACCCAGAAUGGAGCUCAACCCUUCCAACCAAAGCAGAUGUAUGCACCAUCUCAGUACCCGCCCAACCAGCAAUACGCUCACGGACAAUUCCAGGCCAACCAGCACUACGUUAAUGAACAGCCACCCCCUUACCAACCCAACCUAGCGUCCAUGCCGGCUAAUGCUGCUACCCCCGCUGUAUCUUCACAACGUUUACACGAAUACGAUGAGACUAACGUCUACGAAAAUUAAACAAAUGUAUCCGUAAUUUAUUUUUUGUGAUACACUGAUCGCUGCUGUUUUACAUGAUAAACUAGCAGUCAAGACUAUAAUUUAUACUUCACGAUUCAACACUUUUGUACUUUUUUUGUUUUUACAGAUUCGUCGUUUAUUGAUGGCCUUGUUAUUUAAAAUUUUCUUAAAAUCUUAUUUAAUUUACAUAGCGUAAUCCAAUGGAAGGGAAAUAAUUUAGCGCAUCAUGCUCGGAAGAGAGAUUAAACAGCGUUAUCAGCCUUUUUAGAAGAAAGCGGUAAUUACAGUAGAUUCUAUAAAGUAAAGCUUAAUUUUUGUUAGCUAUAAUAAAAAAUGCUCUUUUUCUAAUUUAGUGCGUCGCUUGUUUUUACAAAUUUGUUUGGGUUAGGCUGAUAGAAAGAAAUCGGUUCAUUAGCAAUGGGUUACAACGAGAUACAGAUUUCACUACAGCCAUACAUAUUUCCAUACAAUCAAACAUUUUGACUUAACAAAUAGCUACAUUUUUGACAUUUUAAAAUAAAUAAAUAAAUGCCCUAUCUUCCGAGAUAACAUAGCUCAAUCUUUGGAAUCACAAUCCUGAGGUGGAACAGCUUCAUUAUUAUUUUUGUGUGUACGAUUUCCUUUAAAAGAAACUACAAUUGUAAUUUUUAUUGUAUUUAUCAUUCAUUUAACCACAACUUCAAUUCCUGUGAAACCUGAAAAUGUUAUCGGUGUAAAACAAAAUGAUAUAUUUUAAAC